AUGAAAAUUAAGAUUGUAGGAUUGGUUGUUUUUUUUUUUGUGACCUUUGGAGUGGCAGAAGAAAGUUAUUGCACAUCAAUAGAUGAUGACAAGGGCACAAACUUAAACCAAUCCGUAUGUUACCUCAAAUGUCUUUCAGAUGCCUUAAACAAACUAUAUACAGAUGGCGAGAGGAAGCUUUUUUUGAAUGAGGAGGUAUACGCAAAUGCGUCUCGUAUGCUGGAUGACAUGGAAGGGAAAACAGGCGAAAGUGUUAUAUAUUUGAGUGUUAUUAGCAGUGUAAUGGUAGAGGAAAAUGAUAAAUUGGAAAACCUUAUAUCUUAUGGAAAUGCAAUGGGAGAUCUUGUUGCUAAGGCAGGUGGAUUAUUUGCUGAGGUUAAUGAAAGCGUGAGGGCAGUGAGGAAUGCAAUACCUGGUGCCCUCAUAACAUCAAAUAAAUAUUACACAGCUAUUGCUGAGAUCGCAAGAACUGUGUGGGAUGACGUUAAAGCCGUGAGCAAUGAUGAAGGACCCGAGUGCAAGAAAGGAGCGCUGAAAGGUGUCAGGGGGUUCCCAGUCGUAUGUGUUGAUCAGACAUGUCCUUUAUUAACCGGUGUGAACGAGAUCACUCUCCAAAAAUACAGGGGAGGUUGCCUUCAAAUUGAUGUUUUAACUGGAUCUGGAUCUGUGAGCAAAUGCUUGAACUUACCGCGUGACAACUUAUAUAAGGGUGGUGCGGUGAAGAAUUCAACUGGCUUAAUAAACUGGCGUGAGAACGGCCCCGCUUUUUUUCAGCUCCAAAUUUACGUGGAGGAGAUAUUUGACCCUCUUAUCGAACCUUUUACUUCUGGCAAAGCACCUCCUGAACUCCUGGAUAUGAUGGCCAAUAUCACUUUACUGCAGAGCUACUUCAACGAUAUCCAUAGGAAUUUCACUUCGCUGCAGUUCAGCACGAAUAACAUUGAUAAUAUGAAGAGUACUAAUUUUACCAUCUGA